AUGAAAGUACAUACCAUACACCCACAGAUUGACACAUUGCCUCUGUAUUAUUUCAACAGUUGUGACCUGUCAGCCAUGUAUGAACCCACAGACGAAGAUGGCAACAGUGGAGGUAACAGCAUCAAUGACACAUCAACCAGCAACCUGGGCAGUUCCAUCACCGCAUGCAAAAAGGUCAUCUGCCCCAAGCGACAUACGGAUUCGUUAGAGUACUGGCUGCAAAAUUCCAAGAACCUUUGCAAGAUCAGCCUAGUAGAGGAGAGUAUGGAGCCCAACUGCACAUCUAUUUGUUUUGUAAACCUGAAAGAUGAUUCACAACAUGAAGCUUCACGGAAAAAGUUGGGUGAAGUUUCUCCAGAUCUACAGAGGCUGAUAAACUCCAUGAGGUCACAAGAGCUGGCAGAAAAUGAGAUUCUACUGCUGAGUGGAUUGUCUAACAGGAAAUGUGAGCAGAUUUUCGAAAACCAACAAGUCUGGCAACCGGAUGAAAUCUGUCUGCUGCUGCGGGGAAAAACAGAGAACACUUCAAAUGCAAUUAUCCUGGAACUCAACAAAUUUAUUCUGGGUUUGAAGUUAGCACAAGAGAACCAUCUACAACCAGACACAAGCCCACUCCGAGCCGAGGAUGACACCAACUGCUCAGUGUCUUCAAUAGAAGAGGAUUUUUUGACAGCCUCUGAAACACUGGAAGAGGAUAGUGAAGGGGAAAUCUGCAAAGGAGAGCCUCCUGAUGAUAUAAAGAACGUGAAAAGAAAAGCAGCUGAACAUUCUCAGAGCAUAAAAAUUGGAAGGAUAAAUCUUAGGAGUGAAGAAUAUAAUGUAAUUGGUGAGCCUACAGAGGAGAUAAGAAGAAAAUUAGAAGAAAGGAGAAAGUCUCUUAUUGAAAACAACUUUGAGUAUAAAACUGGAAAAAAUGAAUGUCAGUGUAUAGGAAGUAAUGUGCAACAAAGCCCAUUAUGUCAGGAUGAUCAUUACACAGAAUAUUUUGAAGACCCUGCAAGUACAGGCCAGUAUGCAACCAACUUGGCAGAGUGUGUCCUACAGGAUGCAUUUAUUAGGCUGUCUCAGUCUGAUAACUCUUUCACCAAGGAAGCAGCUCUUUCCAUUUCGGCUGGUAACUCUGCUGUCUCUAGGUUCACUCCAAGAGAAGGUUCUCCUGCUGCAUCUCGUUCAUGGAAUGAUCUUCCAAAAAUUGUGAUAGUACAAAGCCCAGACAGUUGCGACAGCCCAACAGAAUGGGUUGAUGAAUCGCAGUGGCCCGAGCAGGAGAACAUUGCAAAUAAUUCUGACAAUGGCACAGAUGAAAAUACUGGCUCCACACAAAGUACUUUAGAAGUGACGUUAACUUGUGCAGCAUCAGUAAAAGGCACACAUUCAAGUCCACAGCCUACUGAUCCAAAUAAUUUAGAACAUCAUGAAAACAUUGAUGUAAAAGAAAAUGGCACUGUGGAAGAGCACACAACAGACAUUGUAGGAUUUCCAAGUUGUAUGGAGGGUCUUGAAUUUUCAGUGCCAUCUGCUUUGUGUGGGAUGACUCGAGUGGCAAGUGCCGUAGCUGUUUGUGGUCUAGGUGAACAAAGGCAAGGUCAUUACCCUGCCACAUCUAGUGGACUUUUGUUAGCAGCUGAUGCAUCAACAGCUGUAGCUCUACAUUGCAGCAUUGCUUUGGGAACCAGCAUGGAAAAGCUCAAAGAUAAUAUUGCAAAAGCCCUCCUAAGAGAAGCAGCUCUAGUACUCACCAGUCCCUGCAAAUAUAAGAAUGUAGGGGAGUUCAUAGAGUCCAUAAAUGAGAAGAUCCUGAGCAGUGUAAGUUCUGCUAAAUUUGCACAUGUAGGCGAUGUGGUUAACGAUGAUCUAGCUCACAAUUUAUCUGAUACUAUCUUAAGACAUUCAGCUGAGAAGGCAGUGCAAGGUGUUGAAGUUCAGCAUUGCUCCACUACACCCAAUGAUUUUGUUGCAACUACUACCGAACUUCUCUUCAAUGUCAUGCACUUUACUUGUAAGAAGAUGAAUGAUCUUGUGCAAAGUGGAGACUUGCCCUCUAAUGUAUUAGCUGACAGACCUAAAUCUUUAGGAGUGGAGAAAAGAAAUAGUCAAGUUGAUGAAACUGUUCACAGGAAUAAAAGCCAGUUAACCAAUUUAUGUAGCAGCCCAGAGCAAAGGAUUGAACCAAUUCCACUCAAACAUCCUUCUAAUGAAGUGAAUGGAGGCAAUGCCCUCCCAGCUGAGACGUAUUGCUCUACAAAUAGCCAAGCUCAAAUUAAAGCACCAUGCAGUAAACAAUGCCUGAGGAGGGAGCGCUACAAACGACACCAUAAUGAUCAAAGAGCCAGGGAAAGUAUUCUUAUAGAUGAUGACUGCAGGUAUUGUGUGUCAGACAAAGGAUCCAUGGAUGGAGGUAUGAGUUCAGGAAGUCAAGAAAAGGUCUAUGGUGAGAUACAUGUAACCAAAGAAUUCGCUCUUAAUUUAUCAUCGGGGAGUAGUACCAUGUUGCACCCUUCUCAGGCAGUCCUUCUAGUAAAACAUCCUGUCAGUAAUUACUGUUUAUCAGACUUUGCAGAUGAUUUGUCAGAAACUGUGGUAUCUAUGGCCACUGAGAUAGCUGCUAUAUGUCUAGAGAACUCCAAUGGGAAGCAGCCUUGGUUUUGUGCAUGGGCAAAAGGAAGUGAGUGCUUGUUAACACCUUGCAGGACAGCAAAAAGGAAAAAAGACACAUCUUCAGGUGGGUCUGUAGUGCGAAGGCAUAGGCCUCCAAGGCUCAGCGAAAUAAAAAAGAAGACAGAUGAGCACCCAGAGCUUAAAGAACGACUAAUGAACCGAGUAGUGGAUGAGUCCAUUAACCUUGAAGAUGCCCCUGACCCUGUCAGCGCUUUCGCCAAUGAAGUGGCCUCUAAGAUAAUGAAUUUAACUGAGUCGUCUGUUGCAGAUUCUCUAUGGCAAGGACAAAACUUAUCACGGAACAGAUUACACUGUGACAGAUGGAGCAGAGGUAAAGCAUCUAGCUAUGAAAGCAUCCCAGAGGAAGACUUAAAUGCCAAAAGUCUUGUGAACACAUUGGGCCCUUGGAAUAUGUUAGGACAGCCAUUUAGCAGGACAAGCUCAGUGUCUAAACAGUCCAGCUGUGAAAGCAUCACUGAUGAAUUUUCCAGAUUUAUGGUAAACCAGAUGGAAAAUGAGGGAAGAGAAUUUGAGCUUUUGCUAGACUAUUAUGCUGGGAGAAAUGCAAAUAGUAUUCUGAAUUCUGCCCUGCAGCAGAUUUCCAGGAGGAACAGCCUCUUGAAUGUGAAACCCACCUGCCUUUCCAAACAGUCUAGCACAGAGAGUAUCACUGAAGAGUUUUACCGAUACAUGUUAAAAGAGAUAGACAAGGAAAGUAAGGAAAUGUAUUCCAGCAGAAAUACAGCAGAAUGGACAAAUAAUUUAAUGCCCCCCUCAUCUCGCACCCCUUUCUGCUUCCGCCAAUCUUCCAUGCCUUGUACCAGAUCCUCUAGUGCACGUCUGACUGUAAAUACACCAGUUAAAGCAAAUUCACUAGAUGGGUUUUCAAGGAGUGGCUCUCGUGAUUUCCUCAAUAUUCAACCUGCAAAUUCUAUCUCGUCCACAAACCUCUGUAAGUCAGACUCAUGUUUAUACCAAAGGUGGCAGACUGACCAAGCUACAGAUAUGUUAAUCCAUGAAACCUGGUCCAGUUCUAUUGAGGCUUUAAUGCGCAAGAAUAAAAUCAUAGCAGACAGAACUGAAAGUGUAGAUGCAGAGGCAUCAUCAUCACCAAAAGGUUCACCAGCACAUGUGGACAGAUAUGCCAAGAUGGCUGUGGACAUUGUUCAGAGUGGAAAAUCUCUGCUAGUCCAACAUCAAGACUCAUAUGAGAGCACAAAUAAGGGAAAUUUUAAAAAUAAUAAUCAAAAUGGAUGCAAAUCAAUGGACAUUCAAGAAAAUAUUGUUGUAAAUAUAUCUAAACUUCACCAGCUUGGUUCCUCCGGUGGACCUCUGGAGGUGCCUUUGAUACAGAUAGAAAUGGAGCAAAAGGAAGAGAUAGAUGGGGAGGACCAGGUCCAUUUAUCCAAGCCGAUCAGGAAUAUUCAAGACAUUCCAAAACAGGAUGAAGGUAGAAACAUCUGCCAUGUAGGCAUCAGGUCAUGCCAGGUAAAGCAAGGUACGGAGAGAUCUGCCGAAACAAAGCCGAGAUCUGAACUCCCAACUCCUCUGAGCAGCAGUGAGGACAGCACGGGGAGCUGGUCACAGCUUGUGAACGACGAGGACAACCCAGAGGACACCAGCAGUUUUCUGCAGCUGAGUGAACGAUCCACAAGCGUUAGCAAUGGCAGCACGCGGAGCAGUAUAGGGGCUGUAGAUCUAGACGCGUUUCUGGAGAUUAUUCCACCAGGCCCUACAGCAGACAUGGAGAACUCACUUGCUCAACUCUGGCCUCUUAAUGGGCAAGUGCGCAUGCUUCCAAAUCCUUUCCGGGAGGGCAGAAGAAAACCAGAAAAGACUGUGACCAAGGAUGUGGAGGAAAAUUCAGAUGAAUGUACCUCUGGGUUAUCUGUCGGCACAGUCAGCUGUCAGCAUGAAGUCUCUAUCUUAAACAUUGACCUGGAUUCAGACUGCUCAGAUUACGAGCUACGCAUAACCUUACAGUGGAUCGCCGCAUCAGAGCUAGGAACCACUGCAGUCUACUUCAGAAAAUCUCAGGAAAGCAGGAUUCAGAAGUUCCUGGAAAUCACACAGCUCGUCCAAGCGAAGUCCUGGAAAGUCGGGGAUAUAUUCAGUGCCCUCAUUCUUCACUGCAAAGUGCAGGAGCAGAGGCGGGAGGCUACACCAAGCUUUUUUGACUGGCUCCUGGAACUGGGAUAG